UCGCCAUCAGUAGAUUAGACUUCCCUCCCGAAGCACUUCUGGUGAAACCUCCUUGAACCUGUUUUGUCUGGCAUCCUGGCAGCUCAGCCAUACCCUUCAAGCCCAUGACGUUCCUCUCGUUGUAAAGCGUCCUAAUGACAAGAAGUCUUGGCGUUCUGCUACACGGUCCGACGGCCCGUGCCUUAACUGUUUUCCCUGUCACGAGCCGCUAUUUUCUAACUGGUCGUAGCCUGGCCGCUUUGAAGGUGGUUUUCUAGUAUACCAGCUGGUCAUAGCCUGGUAAUAGACUAGCUAGGUCCGAGCAUUAGAGUUAGCCAUGGCUGCGGAUACUGAAUCGUGGCCGGUGGGCUCGCUUGUCCUCGCUAAGGUCACGGGAUACCCGCCAUGGCCGGCUCAGGUCGUGGAUCCUCACAAGUUCAAGAAGCAACCGCAGGAAGGCAAGGUCUUCGUUCUCUUCCUGCAGCCGCGCCAGAUCCGCUUCUGCGGGCCAGACGAGCUGGACAGGUUCGAGGGCGAGGCGAGGGUCAAGGCGAUCGCGCGCAGCCAGCGCAGCAAGUGCCUCCCGGAUUACAAGGCGGCGCUCGACGCGUGCCUGGCGCAGGAAGCCAGGCAGCAGACGCUGCUGCAGCGCCAGGGGGGAGAGCGGCAGCAGCGGCAUGAGCGCCAGCAGCCGUCGCCGCCGCCGCAGCAGCAGCAGCAGGAGCUGCAGCAGGGUUCCCAGCGGAAGGGGCAAGGACGGAAGGGGCGGGGCUCCGGGGAAGUGGGGAGAGGUGAAGAGGGGAGGGGUGGAGAGAAGAGGGGAGAAGAUGGAGAGACGCGAGAGGAGGAUGAGAGGGUGAGGGAGGAUAUUGAGGAAUUUCGUAGGGCGAGUGAAGGACGGAGCAAGAAGGUCGAAGAUAGGAGGGACGAGGCGGACGAGUUGCAAGGGGAGUCGCCACAGGAGAAGGAGGAGAAGGGAGCGAAGAAGGGAGGGAAGAAGGGAGGGAAGAAGCAGAAGGGUGCAAAGGCGCAGGGGAAGCGGAAGAAGGAAAGGGAGGAGGAGACGGAGGUGGAGGAGGAGGAGCAGGCUGAGGAGGCUGAGGAGGCGGGGAAGGGGGGUCGGGAGGAGGGACGGGAGGAGGAACGGGAGGAGGAGAAGGAGAAGGUGAAGAAGGAGAGAGAGGCAGGGACGAGUGGACGAGGCCGCAAGAAGAGGAGAACGGCCGGAAGGGAAGCAGAAGCUGGCAUGGCAGAUGCUGCAGCGGAGGUAGCAGAAGCAGGAGAGGCAGCAGCGGCAGCAGAGGCAGCAGAGGCAGGAGAAGCAGCAGAAGCAGCAGAGGCAGCAGAGGCAGCAGAGGCAGGAGAAGCAGCAGAGGCAGCAGAAGCAGCAGAAACAGGAGAAGGGCCGUCUGCAGAUGGGAAGGAGGCGGGGGGAGAGGAGAUGGAAGAGGAGGGAGAGAACACGCACGUGGGGGCUCGAGCAGAGGUAGAAGCAGGAGAGGAGGAGGGAGGAGCGGGUGAGGCAAGUGAACGAAGAGAUAUUGAGGCAGAGGAGCGAGCGGAGGGAGAUGCAGAGGAAGGGAGCGCUGGAGUUGGGCCCAAGGGAGCGUUGGGGACAGAGAGGGUUUUUGAGACGCCUCAAAAAGGGGGAGGCGGAGAGGAUGGUAGCGCUGGAUUUGGGCCCAAGGGAACGCUGGGGACAGAGAGGGACGGCAGAGGAGACAGAGAGACAGAGGCAGGUGCUGGUGGGGAGGUGGCAGGAGAAACGGCGAAGCCAGAAAGAACCCCGGUUUCUGGUAGGAAGAGAGGAAGGGGGAGGAAGAGUGCAAGCACGGGAGAGGAUGUGGUGGUGACGCGGCCGGCUGAAGCAGGGGGUGAAAAGGCAGCAGAAGGGAGAGUUGGAGGGAGACGGGGGGCACACCAAGAGGCAACAGGUAAGAGAGCGGCAGUACAUGCAGAGGAGCCAAGCGAGGCGGAGGAGGAGGAGAAGGAGGAGGGGGAGGCGGAGGAAGAGGAGGCGCAGGAGGGGGAGGAGGAGAAGGAAGUUGAAGUGGAGGUCGUGGAGAAAGCAGGGAAGGGCGUAAAGCGAAAGAAGGGCAAGGCGGUGGUUCUUGAGAGGAGGAGCACCAGAGCUGGUACGGCUGGGAGGGCUGGUAGGUCUGGGAGGACUGGUACGGUUGAGAAGGGUUCAGGAGGACCGGAGAGGGGGAAGGGUGGCAAGAAGGAGAGUGGGAAAAGGGCCAGUUUGUUGAGAGGGACGGGGGGCGGGAAGAGAGGAAGGGGAAAGGGAGGGAAGAAGGGCAGGGAGAGGGAGGAAGAGCAGGAGGAGGAGGAGGUUGAGGAGAUGGAGAGGAGAGAUGAAGAGGGGAGUAGGAAUAGUGAGGAGGAGGGGGAAGAAAUGGAGGUGGAAGAAGGGGAGGGGGAGCAAGGGGAGGCAAUAGGUGAGGCUGAAGUGGAGGGAGAGGAGGAAAGGGAGGAGAAAAGUGCAGAAGUGGAGGAAGGGGAGGGAGAAGAGGGAGAAGACGAGGAGGACGAGAGUGUGAAUGAGAACGACUCAGAGGAAGAGAGUGAGGAGGAGGAGAGCGAGGAGGAAGAGGAGGAGGAAUAUGUCCCUUCGUCACAGAAGGCAAAGAAGCCUCGUGCAGAGGGGGGAGUUUCCCAUAAGCAAACUGCUGUCGCCAUGCCUCGCCCCAAACCUGCUCCCAAGCCUCGCAAGGUAGCAGCGCUCAAGGCUCUCGCCAAGCCUCACCGCCAGGCUCGGUCCACAGCUGCGGCUGCUGCUGCUGCUGCCGGUGCUUUCAUAGUUGAGGGGAGGGCCAUUGGUGCUGCGGCAGCAAAGCCGAAGAAAGCAGAGAAGAGGAGGAGGAGAGGGAAGGAGGUGGAGGAGAGAGAGGUCGAGGCGGAAGGUGGGCAGCAAGCGGGGGCAGGAGAGGAGGAGGGUGUGGGGGGAGGGCAGGAGGGGGGGCAGCGGAAGGGAGCAGGGAAGCAGCAGAAGCAGCAGGCAGGGACAGGGAUCGCGGGGGCUGAUGGUGGGCUCGCUGCUGUCAAGCGAAGCCUAUUUGACAUCGUCAUGGCUGGAACUGCAUCCGACGUGGAGGAGGCAGCGUACAGAUGGAUGGAGGGCUACGAUUUCAACCGCACGCACGCCACUGCUCAGCUGCUCAAGCUGCUGUUCCAGGCGUGUGGAGUUGAGGUGGUGAUGGGUGAUGAUGCAAUCAUCUCAGAGGGCGUAGCAGUGGACGAUGUUGUUCAAACCCUGGUGGACACGGCACACCAGACCACACUGCUCGAUCACCUGCAAGCCACUCAAUCUGACCACCACCACCAUCACCACCUCACUGCCAAGGACGCCAGGGAUGGCAAUGGCACAGGCUCGUCUGUCCGCGCCAAGGCUGCUGACGGGGCGUCGUUCCGCGCCUCCCUGCUGCUGUUCUGGGACGCGCUCAUAGUGGCGGGCGGCAGGGAGGGCGCGCUGUUUGACAACCGCCUGCUGCCCGCCCUCCUGGAUUACCUCGUCGCCCUCUCCUCGUCCUCCCCCCGCAUAUUCCGCCACGUGGCAACGCUAGUGGGUCUGCAGAUCAUCUCCUCCAUCAUCACCGUUGCUUCCGUGCUCUCUGACGCGCAAUCGACAGCUCAGAGGCAGCUGCAGGCCACGAUCCGACGGUCCGAAGAGCAGGAGGAGCAGCGAGAAGGGGAAGGCAGAGAAGGAGCUAGGAGGAGCACUAGAAGGGGGUCAACCGGGGGAGGUCGUGGGAAGGGGAGGGGGGAGGCGGAGGGGGAAGAAGGGGUGGGGGAUGGGGCAGGUGGGAGAGGCGGAAGGGGAGUUGGAGGGGUAGGGGCGAGCAGUCGAGUGGUGGUGGAGCUGCAAGCGAAGGUGGAUGAGAUGCAUGGGAAGAUGGCAGAGCUAGAGGGGUUCAUGCGAAGCGGGUUCACCGGCAUCCUCACUCAUCGCCACAGGGACGUAGACCCCGCCAUCAGAGCAGCGUGUGUGGCAGUGCUCAGCAUCCUCACUCAUCGCCACAGGGACGUAGACCCCGCCAUCAGAGCAGCGUGUGUGGCAGUGCUCAGCAUCCUCACUCAUCGCCACAGGGACGUAGACCCCGCCAUCAGAGCAGCGUGUGUGGCAGUGCUCAGCAUCCUCACUCAUCGCCACAGGGACAUAGACCCCGCCAUCAGAGCAGCAUGCGUGGCGGCGCUGGGGCAGUGGGUGGUGCGCUACCCAUCACUCUUCCUGGACGACGUCUACCUCAAGUACCUCGGAUUCUCGCUCAAUGACAAGGUGGCAUCCGUCCGGCUCACAGCCCUGUCAGCGCUCCAAUCGCUGUACGCCAGCGAGGACAAUCUCCCGGCACUCGGCGUCUUUUCUGAGCGUUUCUUGCCACGUAUGCAGCAGAUGGUGGAUGACGUGGAUGCUGAUGUGGCGGUGGCUGCCAUCUCAUUGGUCCAGCUGCUCGCCAGCAACGACACCCUCCCACAGCACGAGGCGAUCUCCCUCCUCGCUGACCUCCUCACAGACGACUGCCCGCCCCUGAGACUCGCCUCCUGCCACGCCCUCUUCCACCUCCUACUCUCCUCCUCCCCACACCCCACCACUCCUGCUGCUGGUGAUGCUGCUGCUGCAGCCGAGGCAGGCGCAGGGAAAGACAGCGGGGGAGGCAAGAGGUCGGAUGAAAGGGGAGGGAAGGGAGGGAGGGGCGGGGAGGGGAGACGGCAGCUGUGCAGCAGGUGCUGGUGGUGGUGCGCAUGGUGCAGCCGUGUGGGGAUGCAGUGCAGGCUGGAUACGUGGUGGAAGCCUUGUGGGAUAGAGUGCCCGAUUUCAAGACCCUGGGUCAGCUGCUUCUGCAAUCAGACAGCCAAGCCACGCCCCUCUCGCCCUCCUCCCAGCCUCUCUCCCCACUCCUCCCUCCUCCUCCACCCCUCCUUCCCUUCCUCCUCCCCUCCUCCCGACUCCGACACCCCCACACUAGCUCUCCUUCUCUCACUAGCCGCUCGUAAGACUGUGGGGCUGCCUAUCGUGCCAAAGAGCGGAGGGGACAUCAAGAAGAAGACAGCAGCAGCAGUGUCCAAGGCAAAGAGGCAGGAGCGGCAGGCAGCAGCAGUGGCAGGGAUGACAGCAGCGCUGGUGAAGGUGCUUCCGCCAAUGAUGCGGCGCCACGUGGCGGAUGAGCGGGUGCUGCUGCGGCUGUUGGAGGCAGCAGAGUGCUUGGACGUGGGAGCACUGGCGGACAGGCAGCAGCAGGAGCCGCUCCUCGCGAUCCUCUCAGCAGCACGCGACAGCCUGGCGCGCCACGUCAGCACAGCAGUGAUGGCGUCAGCGACGAGAGUGCUGCUGCGGUGCAUGCAGCAGGCCCAUGGGGAGAUGCGGGAGCAGGCAGAGGAGGCAGUGAGAGGGGCAGUGAGAAGUGUGGUGGUGGGGAGAGUGAGAGAGGAGGCACGUGCUGUGUUGGACGCAGCUUCUUCUCAAGCCACGUCAGCAGCUGACGUGGACACCUUUUCCCUCUCAGUGGCUGCCACUCGGCUCGCUGUCUUCCUCCUGCAAGCAGACAUCAGCCCCUUCCUGCGUGUCACAGCUGCUGGUGCUGAAGCCACUGCUGCUGGGGCUGCUGCUGCUGCUGGGAGGGCGGCUGAUGCGGAGGAAAUGGGGCCGGCGGGUUUGUUUUCUCUGCUUCUGCAGCUGCUGGACCGGUUCCCUCCCUACAAGCACACUCAGCUGGCCUCGCCUAUCCUCCGCUCGCUGGUCCUCCUGCUGCUGGCCUCGCCUAUCCUCCGCUCGCUGGUCCUCCUGCUGGUGUGGGAUUUCAAGAGCCUUGUCUCAGCACACAGCAGCGAGAGAAGGGGCGGGAAGGGGGCAGACGCAGGGAGAGGAGGGCCAGGGGAGGGAAGUGAGGGUGAUGGGGAGUUGGAUGAUGGCGUUGGGAGUGAUGAGGGGGGUGAGUUUAGGGAGCGGGAGGGCGGGGUGAAGGAGAGGCAGGAGCAGCUGAUGGCGCUGCUGCUGCGGCUGAUGGAGGGAGGGACGGAUGGGAACACUGCAGGGAGACAGGGAGAGGAGCAAGAGGAGGAGGAGCGGACUGCAGAGGAGCGAGAAGGUGGGGGGGAGCACCAGCAGCAGCAGCAGCAGCAGCAGCAGCAGCAGCAGCAGCAGCAGCAGCAGCAACAGCAGCAGAAGCAGCGGUUAGCAGCAGAGGUUCUAGAGCACAUAUCCGACCUCUGGGUGCUCUUCGCCCUCACAAGCUCGCCCACACCCUUGUGCAGCCGCUAUCCCUCACCGCCACACCAACCAGCGUCAACGCCUACUGGGCCGCCUGCACGAGUCUCCUCCCAGCAUGUGAAGGAGAGGGAAGGUGGGGCAGGAACCGUGAGAGUGGGGGACGGGGAAAAGCCCAUGCGGAUGGGGAGAAGGGUGGGGAUGGGGGUGGGGAAGAGGAUGGCGUGGGAGGGGUGUUUGGCAGUGGCAGCGGUGUGAGGAAGCAGGAGAGGGUGCUUCUUGAGACGCCUCACAGGCAGCAGGAGAGGAUUCUGACAGCAGCGGCUAAGCUGGUGGUCUGUGAUGCUGUGAGCCCAGAGCUGCUGGCGCCUGCUGUGCUCUCGCGGCUCGUGUUGCUGGGGAGGGGAACGAGGAGGGAGGGUAGUGGUGGUGAUGGUGACGGGGUCAAGAGGAGGAUGAAGGUAAAGAGGAGAGAGAGGAUGGGGUGGUACGGCUGUUCUUGUCUCAUCUGCAGCAGAGGAAGAAGCGGGCGGCGAGUGGGGGAGGGAAGUUUGAGUUGUGGCCCAUUUUCCUGCAGGCGCUCAAGAUGGCCUUUAUUCCCUCGCUGUCACUCAUCCCAACCGCCGACCACCCACUCACAGCUGAUGACGUGGCACCGUCUCAUUCGCCAAGCCCAGCAUCUGUAGCGUGCUGUGCCAGCCUGGCAGCCCGCCUGGCUGCUGUAGCAGCCGCCCCGCAGUUCUCUGCGCAGCGAUUGGCGGAGCAGCGGGCGGCAAUUCGGCAGCUAGUGCAGCAAGGGGUGGCAUUCGCGUUUGAGUCGCCGCCCGACCGGCUGGCGUUUCUGGAAUGUGCGCUUCUCCCGUUUGCUUCAAAGCUCACUGGAGCUGAUGCUAAGAGCAUGUGA